AGGUUCCCUGUGAGUGUUGCCAGGAUCAACACAGUGGAGCUUCAAGGGCCUCUCCUCACCGCGUCUCCCAGCCAUCGUCUCCUACACGUCUCCAGCCCGCCCGGCGUCCACACCAACAUGGCUGAGAACAUAUUCCUGUUCGUGCCAAAUCUUAUCGGUUACGGCCGCAUCAUAUUGGCAUUGCUGUCAUUUUACUACAUGCCUACCAAUCAUAUCAUGGCAGCAUCGAUGUAUAUUCUCUCUGGUUUCCUGGAUGCUUUCGAUGGCCAUGCUGCAAGACUUCUUAAUCAAGGUACAAAAUUCGGAGCAAUGCUGGACAUGCUAACAGAUCGUUGUGGAACCAUGUGUUUGCUUGUGACUCUGAGCCACUUCUACCCAAAAUAUAUGUUUUUCUUCCAACUCUCCAUGACCAUUGACAUAGCCUGUCACUGGCUUCACCUCCACACAACUGUGAUGGCUGGCUGCUCCAGCCACAAAGGUCAGGAAGCGAAUGCCAACCCUAUUUUGCGCAUAUACUACACGUCUCGUGCCGUCCUCUUUACCAUGUGUGCCGGAAAUGAACUGUUUUACUCUGCACUUUACCUGCUCCACUUCACAGAAGGACCUAUUAUAGCAGGAGUUGGUCUCUGGCGUAUGAUGUCCAUUGGCCUCUUUCCCAUUGGAGUUUUAAAGUCCUUUCUAGCCCUAAUGCAAGGCUACAAUGCAGCACUUACUCUUGGUGAGAUUGAUGUUAAAGAACGUCAAGAAGCUGCCAAAAAAAGGAAUUAAGAUGAUGAAAUGUUGUACAUGUAUGACUGAACCUUUAAUUAUAAUGAAUAAAUAAUGUAUCUGUACUACAUGGAAGUAUAUAAUGGUAAUAAUGCCCUAGAAGUAAUAGCUUGAUAUUUUGUGACAGUUUUUGACACUAAACAUUUAAUGUAAAGAAUGUAACGAUCUGUGGUUUUAGUGCUAGACCUCAGCAUUUCUCCUACCAUAAUAAUAAUAAUAAUUGAACCUAAGGAAGUAAAAGCACUUAAGAUUUUUAUUUAAAAGAAGAAGUUUUUCACAAACUCGAGCAAGUGUUUAUUAUAACAAGCUCCUGUUAGGUAUUUAAUGUCUCAAGCUUGACACAUAUUCAAGAUACAUAUUAGAGAUACUCAUUAUUUUGUAUUUUAGUUUUAUUGCAGGCUUAUCUCUCUUUUCAUGUGAAAAUUAUAUAUAUACCCUAUUUAUAUAUUAACAGAACAAACGUCAGAGUUGGGAUUAUAUUUAAUAGUGAAAGGGUUUACAAGACAUGGCAUAAAGUUGCCAUGAGACACUAAAUAUAAGCCAGUUGAAUUGGUUAAAAUGUGAAUGAUGCACUUAUCGUAAGCAUGGGGCACUACUGAGCAUGUUAAUUUGUAUUUUAUACAUUUAUAUUUAUUACUAUUUAUUUCUUAUUUACUUUGAGAUUUAAUAUACUGUACCUACCCCAUUUAGCUAAGAAUAUAUUUAAGUGAUGAUUCCCUGUAUCUAAUCUAGAAUUGUUUUGGAUUGAGAUGCGGCACACAAAGGGAGGAGGACAAUAAAGGUUGAUGUCCAUAUGGAUGUUCUUGGCAUGCACAUACUACCGUGAGAAAAGUAGAACCCCUAAAAUCGUAUUUGGUUCAAGGUAUGGACACUGUGCUAUUGGCUGGGAGCAAAGCUCUAAAAUGAAGUAUUGUACUGUAUAGAUGUAUGCAAGUAUGACAAAUGUGUGUGUUGUAUUAUAAAAUGUUCAAAUGUGUGUGUGCUGUAUUCCAAAAUGUGUGUAUGUGUGUGUGCUGUAUUCUAGAAUGUGUCAAUAAACAUCUAAUGGAAGUUGUAUACACUUCUAGGAUAAGUUGAGAAAGUUAAAAGACUAAAUUGUAUACAUGUUUAAGAACUUUUUAAGUCAAAUACAUAGCACCAAUAGCACCACUCCUUUCCUUUCUCAUGUCUUUCCAGGCUAACAGUUUAUUUAACAUUUAUUUUACAUUGGUGGAGUGGAUCAAAUACAUUUUUUAAUAAAACCAUUAAAUAUUACAUGACCUUACAUAUGUACAGUAUACACUACCACAUUCAAAAUCCGUCAUUACUGUAGUUCAUUUCCAAUUUGCAUUACAUUGGACCCCCUGGUUCAACGAACCUCGAUUCGGUGAAUCUCCAGUUGGGGUGCACACUUUCCAGGCUGGAUUUACUCACCCGAUUCCACGAACCCUUGUUCGCUGAAGUGGGGAAAUGUGUGGAUUUGCUUUUAGGAUGUUGGGACAGAGUUGACAGACUGGUGGAAAACUUGCCCAUUAUAUCAUAGCUUAAAAAUUAAAUAUUUCCUUAAUGAAAUCAGCUCAUAGAGCAUGAAAAAUAUUAGAGUAGGAUUGGUAACUAUUAAUAUGGCUUCAAUCAUGUUUUUAUUGAUUUUUGUAGAUGGGCACAAAAUUAGAAGACAAAUUUGGGCCUUGGUAAAGCCAUUGAGCAUAUUUAAAACCAAAUUCUCUGGUUAAUUUUCAUUUUGACAUUUCCUGGUUUUCGUUCACAAGUAUAGGCUUGUUUCUCUCUGAAAAUGAGGUUUUGAGGUAAGGGCAUGGGAAAUAUGCUAGAUGUUGUUAAAAUCCCUUUACAGAUAAGUUCUCUUGGUAGCUGCCCUUCACAUGACAGGUUGAAAUUGAAAUUUCGUUCACUGAAAUCAGCCCAUCGUGCGUUGGAAACAUUAGGGUUUUAAUGGUAACUCUGUUAAUAUAGCUCCAAUCAUGUUUUUAAUUAUUUUUGUAGAUGGGUGCAACUAUAGAAGAAAGAGUUGGGGCCCUGGGAAAACCAUUGAGCACAUUUAAAACCAAAUUCUAUGGCUCAUUUUCAUUUUGCGGUUUCCUGGUUUUUUGUUUACAAGUGGGCCUCCUGGAACAAUCUCUUGUUGCAACGAAUCCCUCGCUGCAGUGAAUUGGGAUUGGUCCAAAAAGUACACCCUCGGUUCGUUGAAUCAAGGGUGCACUGUAUUUCUUUUGGACAGAUACAUAUUCACCUGAUGGAAGUAGGAAUGAGGCAAUAAUGAGCUGAUAGAUAUUUGAACACCAAAUUUUAAAAUGGCAAAAAUAAAUUAGUCUUUACACAUUUGCUGAUAUAUUUAGUGUGUUAUUUCCAAUAUACAGAAAUUAUGUAUUUGUAGCAACAUAGUCUACUUAUCUUUUGAGUGUAGAGGAUGAAGUUUUAAUAUAGUAAUCUUCACUUGGAAAACACACACACACACACUAUUCAUUAUUAACUUGUAAAAACUAUCUGGAUUCAAAUUUGUAUUUCAUAUGAUACAAACUAUUCAAAUCAAGCACCGCAUGAGUAGGUGAACUGGUGUGCUCCUUGGUAACCUACAUGACUAUAUUUACCUGAAUUUACCUGAGGGGCCAAUAAUACAAGUGGCCUCAAUAAGGAAGAAAGUCGGUGGCUUGUCAAAGGUCCCCCCAUUUGCCCUGAAGAUCUUUUCCAGCUGCAUUUUAAGGCCCAGCAGACUUUUAGGCAUUGUAUACCAUUUUGGAUAUACAAGUGUCACUGCCCACAACUUCUCAAGUUUGUAGCGAUUUACUUGGGAAUCUACUAAUUUUCGGCUCUACCACUUGGUGGAUAUUAUAUAUUACCUCAUGAUGAAGCUGGAAAAGAAGAAAGGAGCACAGUCAAAGGCAUUGAUGAAAUACUAUGUACUGUGGUGUUCAGUAUUAAAGUUCCCUGAUAAUACAUUUUAUCUUUAGUUACUUUUACCACACAGUAGAACAGUCAUUUGGGAAUUGUUACAUAUAGUACUGUACUUGUAAAAUCUAACUUAAAACAAGAAGUAGCUAUGUACACAAAAUAUUUACAACUAUUUUAAGAAUGGCUAGUUUGCUGCUCCACAGGCAAGAUUGUUUCAAAUGCAGAUGAUGAAUCACAGUAACAUGGCUGAAGGUAUGAUCACCAGAGCACACAUCAGAAAAUGAAGAAAUUGACAUUUUGGUCUGUCCUGGACCAAUAUCUAGUUGUUUGCUCACACUGUCACACUUCACUGAAGAGAAAAGAAUUCAUGUGUAUACAUCUCACUUGUGAGGAAACUGUCUCCUCUUGUCGCAGAAGCAGUUUAUCUCUUGAACAUGACAUCCACACUCAGAGCUGGCUGUGAAAAACACUAGUUUCUCAAUGCCUGACAUGAUGGUAGCAUGCACACAGGUCUAAACAGUCUUGCUACUAAUCUUACAUGGGAGACUUGAAUGCUAAGAGAGGGCCUGUAGUACUUCCCAAGUCUCUACAAAAGAGCUGCAGCUUCACUGCCAAGACAAACCCACAGCCUUCAUAUUGAUAGACUUUAGCUACAGUGAUUUUUUGUACAUCUUCCUCCCAAGACUGCUAUGCCAAUCUUAGUACAACUGAUUGGAUCACAAUUCUUAUCUAUUGAUAUCAUGGCAACUCAAAUGCUAUGUUGUCACUCUUUCUUGAGUGGUCAAGUCAGUCAUGUGAUGUUGCCAUGGAAGAUUCUAUGUGGUUAUGUGAGCUGCCAUGUCACUUACACACAGUAAAUAGUAAAAGUAUAUAACUUCACUAAAACGCCCUAAUACUAGCAUAAUAUAACUAAACUCGUUCCUACCUAUUUGGUUUUAGACGGUAGAAUGAGUGCCCAUAUAGCUCUUUUAUGUCAAAAUGAGCAGAGAAGAACAAGAGGCUCUGCAACAACUUUGUGUGGAAUUUUGGGUGCCAAUUACUAUGUUACUGCAGCCAGUUUCCAUUCAUACCAAGACACUACUCUGCCUGAGACACAACCCUAAACUCUGGGAAGUAGUGUAACAUGGUGCAUCAAAACAGUGUAUUUCAAUAUAUUUCAAUCUCGCCACAAAGAAAGUUAAUAUGAAAUCCCAAACACAGCAUUUAGUUUAGCUAUUUAAUAUUCAUCUGUGUCAUGCUAGUAAUGGUCAAGAAUUCAAUUGUGGUAUAAUUCAUAUUACAAGUUAAAUAGUAACCAGUGAUGCCCUACAAGCUUAUAAUAUAAUCUAUUCAGAGGAAAGUAUAUAAUUUUGUAUGUUUUCCCUGCCAUGUGUUGAAAGUUAUAAUAAUUAGAUAAGCCUUUUAUGGCAUGAAUACUUUACAGGAUUUUUUCUUUUAUUAUAUAUUGUAUUAUAGAACCACUAUACUAAUGCAGUGUAAGAUAUAAUUUUUGUCAGUAAAUAGUUUCCGAGGUUAAUUAUUCUGCCACUUUCAGAAUUAUAUAGUGAUCCAUGUGCCUUUACUAGGAUCAUGGCACAGUCGAGUAGACAAACAUAUAUUAAUUAUACAUGAUGAUAUUGAUACUGGAACUACAGUGCCCUUGUAACACCAUUUAAAGGUACCUUGGGAGUCACUGAAGGUAUGUGUUUAUCCAGGGUAACAUUCGGAAAAGGUCUUUUAAACCAAGUGUUGUGGCUUGAUUGAGCUUUCAGGUUGUUAAUAGGGUUUUUAAACAUAACUGUCUUGGACAUAAGUAAUUUGGUCCAUAACAUUCCUGGUGGGCUCAGGUUCAUUGACUUGAGUUAGUAUAGGCCUGUAUGUUGCCAGCUGUGAAGUUUCUUUUGGGAGGCUGUCGGAGACUGUCAGUUUUAUGGAGACAUGCUCUCAAAAUGCACUCAUCAGUGUUUUGAAGUUGUAUAACAACAGUCUUUAGUCUUACCAUUGUUGGGUGAGUAGACAUGUUCACCACACAAGUGGAUACUUUAAUACCUGCCAAUUGUGUUAGGGCUUAAAUGAAUUUGACCUGCAAUACCCCUAGUUGGUACAACUAAUCAGGGUGCCAGACUUGGUUCGUAGACGCUAAUGGGAAUUAGAGCUGCCUCUUACAUUCAGGGGAAGGGAACUAUCAGAAGAAAGUGCCAAGCCAUUACGACUAUAUAGCACCUGGAAGGGAUCAGGAUAAAGAUUUGGGAUGGGACGGGGGGAUGGUCUUCAUUCAGUCUGUUGACUGAAUGUUACUUGACAUAACUGUGGGGUGAAGACUACGUGAUAGGUGAGUAAGUGUCCCUGUAUACGUUGUUUCCAGGGAGGCAGCUUCCCCAGUUGGUCUCUCCAUUAUGGAUUUUUUAUGCUGUUGUUUACUUGAAAGAAGCUUUUGUCCUAUGCUAUUUAAUUGUAAUUAGCAGUUCUUUUUCAAAUAUACAGUAUUAAGUUAGGUUUACAUAUUAAUUUAUUGAACCCCAUUUUUUUUUAAAUGGGUAGCUUACAGAGCCUUUUUCACAUAUGGCAUUCUCAUACACCUUUCUGGUGAAGGUGGUGCUUAGAUACAGCAUUGGCUUUUCUCUGUUCAGAAAAAUUUAGAAUUAACCCCUACAGUAACUGAUGUAACUGUAAAAACAGUCUUCCCUCUUGGUUUAUGUUCAUGCAGCAGAGUUAGUGAGUAUCUUUCCCUUCUUAUGUCAAGUUUUGUUCACUUUGGGUGAGGUUAUUCGUUUGUUAGGAUUCACCCUUUUCCUUCAUUCCUGCCAAAAAAAGGAGAGAUGGUUUUUAUCUGCAACCAAUUAUAAUUAAUUCUUUAAUUUGGUUUUCACCAUGAUCAUGGUGGCUCUUUAAAUAUAUUUAGUGGCUUCCAGGAAUUGUUUGUUGAAGUUCUUUGUAAACCCUAAGAAUAGGCUGAAUCAACCACUAUGGUCUACAGCGAGUCACAAUAACAUGGCUAAAGUUAAGAUGACCAAACCCACACAGAAGAUGGAGAAAUGAUAAAGUUUUGGCCUUUUCUAGACCAUUAUCACUUGACUCACGACUUGAUAAUGGUCCAGGAUGGACUGUCGUUUCGUUUCAUUUUCUGAUGUGUGGCUUGGUCAUCUUAUGCUAUGGUUAUUUAUCCAUAAAAUUUCACAGCAUACAAAGCAUUCUUCUUGGAUAUCUACAGUACUACAAAGAGACUUAAACCUGGGUUUUAUGGAAAUUAAAUUGCAUGGUUAGCUGGCAAUUGCCUGCCAAAGCUACUUUAAGGAAGUUGCUCAUGUGUAAUCCUGGGCAGAUUAUUUUCCAAUUAGGUAUUUGUAGCUCUGGGACCACAAUAGUCAUUUUCUUACAAUAUAAAUGCAUUAGGAUCCAUAGCAGGUGCCAGAAGCACCUGCCAUGGAUGCCAGUGUAAUUCCAUAGAAAUUCCACAUGAAGCAUUUGGGAGAAGCAGAAUACUAAAGCUUAGAAAAUAUCCAUUACUCCUGUGAGAAGUCCUUUCUGAGCAUGAGUUUCUUUGCGACUCAUUCCUUUACAUCCUUCCCUGUCCUUAGAGGGUAUAUAUAUGGAUUGGACAUAUUUUCAUAGAGGUCAGCAUGAAUGUGGGUCUGGAAACAGACCCCUUUUAAAUACCUAUUAUAGUGACCAGAUUGAUACUUUCUCUGAUGAUUCCCAUGUCUUUAAAGUGUCUUAAAAAGACACCAUAGACCUGUAUGUUUCUCCUAAACUAUGUCAUGAUCCUUGUACAGUGCAUGGAUCACUAUGUACCUUUGGAGCGGCACAGUAACAUUUGACGAGAAAGGAUUUUUUUUAUAACCUUAAAACAUUUCUUUUAUGAUGUACCCAUUAUGAGCUUAGUAACUAUGCCUAAUGCUUGAUGGAAUUAGAUCAUGAAGAUCAGCCCUGGAAAUAGCUUUGAGUGCAUUGAUCAAUCAAAUGUGCCAUGUUGUGCAUUUUAAAACUUAAUUCAAAACUUACGUUUAUAAAUAUGUUACUUUUUCUUAAGAGUUUAACUGAUAACAAAAGGUCAUUCAGGUGACACAACUUGAUGGGCUACGGGGUAUUAUUUCUGGUCUCCCUGCAGUGCAGUCUCAUCCUAGCCCAAUGGGCACAAAUAUAUAUUGUACUCCAUAUCCAGCUAAAUGGGGGAAACACAUUUCCAGUUUAACAAAAAAAAAUUUUGCCAUAGUAAUUUUGAUUACUUUAAAAUUCAGUGUAAUUGGCUGUGUUUUUUGUGUAUUUAUUAUAGUAGCUAAUUAGUCUGGUCUGAAAUAAUGGUGGUACAGUAUCUUUACAUUGGUGGUAUUAAUUUGCACAUACACUGUACAGUUUGGCAUAGCAGUUACACCGUAAAAUAGAAUAAUGUUCUGUGCACGUGAAAAGUCCUCAUUAUUGUGGGUUUUAUAGAAAUUGUUGUAUUGUAGUGGUAUUUUUGUAAAGUGUUACCAAUUUAAAUAAUAAUUAAUUUAACCUAUUGAAUUUGCAUGUGUAUUUUCUGCUUCUAGUCACAGAGGAUACCAAUACAUUCAACCAAACCAAUGGUGCCAAAGUUUAGUACUUAUUUUGUUAAUACAAAGGAGUAUAUAAUAUAUUUUGAAUGAAUAAAAAAAAAAUUAAUAUUUGUACAGUAUUGCAAUAAAGUGAAAAGGAACUUCUUGAAGAUAAAUUUUUUUUAAUAGUGUUGUUCCUGCAUAUACAGAUACAGUACUGUACAUUCAUUAUAUAAGAGAACUUAUAUAAACUAAGCUUAAGUCUUUCAAGGAAAGUUUUAACACACACUUUUAGUGAUUGUAUUUCAAAUUGUUUGACUUUAAUGUCACUUGAGUAUAAGAAGCCAAAAAAAAAAGUUAAUAUUUUGUUAAUGGUACUGAUAAAAUAUGCACUUUUUGAUCUGUAGGGAAUGUGCUCAUCCAGGAGUCUAUGAUCUCAAGCUUUCCCUUAAAAUAUGAACUGGGAUGAGUCAUUAGGUACAAUUAUAAAGGCUGUUUGAAAGGGUAGAAAUAUGGUUCUGUUGGCUCUGCAAGAAAAUGAAUGAAUAUAAUUUUUUUUUAUUUAGCAUCAUUGUGUGUGUUAUACUGAUUACAGUUAAGAACACGCGAGAUGUGUGCAACCAUUCCUUAUUAUGAGUAAGUAAUGUAUAUUGUUGUUUUAGUCUCUUCUGCUUGUUUGUUACAUGACCAGCACAUGUGUAAUGAAUAAAUUAUGAGAAACUAAA